UCUCCACUCACGACUCAGUGACUCACUCACCACACCACCACCACCACCACCACCACUACCACCACCACAAGGUCCACAACCACCAUCCACCACCUCCAUAACCACCGCAAACACAGCAACUUCUUCUUCUUUUUCAUCUCCAGUUCUUCUUAUCCCUCUUCUAGUUUUGUUUUAAUCUUGUUUGUUUGAUUAACUAUUGAUAACUCUAUAUAAGAGUUACAUAGGUCAGAAAUGUUGGAGACGAAAAGGUUGAGGAUAACAUCUGCAACUUCGCAAUGAAGGGUUUAACUCCAUCGUUGUGGAUGUGGGUGAUGCUUCUGGGUCAGCCACACCGAAAACAACCCCAGAACGAUAUGCUACAGCUCUGCAAUGCAUAUAAAUGUUCCUGAGGGGUACAAUGUCGCUCACUUUAAUCAUCAUAUAUUAGGGGCUUACUCUUUAAUGUCAUUCCGCAGUAUCAACUUUUUAGGCUUUCUUUGUAUAUUAAUUUUAUAAAAGUGAUGGGAGUUUCCGAUACAAUCUUGUCAGCAUACUGAUUUUACUAACUUCUGUAACCUAGAAUCAUAAAUGGGGUGGGAUAUACAAGGCAGCUGAGCCUGAGACCAGCUUAGAAACUGACUGCUAACUUUACCAUAUGAACUUAGAAAAUUUCACGGGGUGGUACAAUACUAGGCCGAACACGAGUAGUGCAAGAAAUUUAUUUAUAGGUAAUUCACUUCUUCUUUGAAUUUUCCCAUGUAAUAAGAUCACUCGGCCUGUCAAAUCUGCUUGAGUUUUCUUCAUUCAAUCUUUUAUGUUGUAUGUGUAAACUGCCAUACUGUAUUGUAACUUAGACAAUUCAUAUUACCAGGUUUAGUUAAUUAGUUGUGUUUAGACUUGUGAGACGUCACCCUAUUAAAGUUAAACUGCUAUGGUUACUGUAACUUGGAGUUUCCUAUAAAUUUUAUCAUAUUGAUCUUCUUUUUAUUCGUUUAAAUUUUGUGCAUUCACCAACUUGCUUGAAAAAGAGUUGUCUUAUGGGUACAUUUGGCUCUCAUUUUCGUUCACCUUUGCUGGAGCUUCUGUAUUUUAUCAUACAUUUUGCUGGUAAGGUUUACAUUUGCCAAUGGAUUCUUUUUUGAGUAGGCUCAUCUUGUCUGGAAAAGUUAAUGAAGCCAUUGGCGGUGACAGUUAGUAAUGUGAAAGAUGAAGGAUGUUCGAGUUCAGAAAAUUCAGUCUUUAACAACAAAUAUUGCAGCUGUAGACAGGUUCAGAAGAUUUCGUCUUUCACAACAAAUAUUGGAGUUGUAUACAGACAUGAUUGUAGGAAACUAUCCGUAUCAUGCAACUUUCAGAGAAACUGCGGCAGUUAUGCAGGAGUUCACUCAAUCUGGUGGGUUGAGGUCUUUCGGUGUUUAUUUGUUGGUGACUGGCUGUGAUGAUAAUAGUCCUCAAUUGAUGAUGGCGUGAAGUAGAUGCCUUAUCUAUUUGGGUUCAUGGGCUACUGAGCAGCUGGAGCUGACAAAUCCUGUUGAAGAGACAUUUCGGAUGCUCACUAUAAAGCUUGCUCAUAUACUGGGCUCAACAUUUCUGAUGAACCACAUAUUUCUCUUCUUAGUAUUUCCAGAUCAAGGACUUAUGAUGUCGGUAUUGGUUGAAAUAUCAUUUUCGACCAGAAAAAAGUUCGCAAUACACCUCAAAACACAGCAUGAUAAAAGUCACAAAAAAAAAAAAUCCAACUGUACAACUUGUGAUCCGUGAUUGGAUUAACAAACACAGAUGACCCUUCAUAUAUACUAACAUCAUCUCUCUCACAUGCGUCAUGACUCAUGUCUAAACAUUUAUUGAAAUAGAUAGUGUAAGCCUUAAAGGGACUGUUAUGGCUAGUUUAUGGUUAGACGA